AUGUCACCAACUCGCUCUACUUCAACUACUCGACGCGUAUCCACCGCCGGUAUCCAGAAGCGGCCGGUCAAGAGGAACACAACAUCCCAAGUUUCUGCCACUCAUACAGACACGUCAGAGCCAACUGAAGCUCGCAAACGUGAAGGUGCAAAAUCCUUCUGUUUCCUGGAUCUACCUGGAGAGAUCCGGAACAGAAUCUACGAGUACAUGCACGCUCAGCACACUCAACUUGUGCUCGUUCACCGACCACGAAUCGCCUCUCUACGUCCACGUACUCGGCUUGAUCGAAGCCGCACCCUCCCUUCAGAUAUCGUUGCCCAGGAAUACGACGAGAGACUAUCGAGUGACAGCAGCAUCACGAAUGGCUCCGAGCCCGAGAAAAUUCCUCGAGAAAGCAACCGUUCGUUCUGGGGAUUGACACAGGCGAGCCGGCAGCUCAGGUGGGAGUUUCGCCCAAUCUACUUGACCAACCAGGAGAUUGGCCUUGACUUAACCAACAUCUCCGGUUAUGUCAAGGCCUUUUACCCCUCUGCCGCCAAAGAGCUCGCCAAGAUCGGUCCUUCAGGCGAACGCGAGUCUACCCUAUCUUUCGUCGGUCAUGUCACGGUCGCACUUGGCGAUACGGCUGUCAAAGAAGAACGUGGCCCCAAUGGCAUAGAGUUACUCCCGCUGAUUGAGGUCUGGGCAAAUGGCUUCUCGAUGCAGGCUGGAUUCGGUCGCUAUGCGACGAGUAGCUACACAACGAAUGGCCACCAAUGGCCGGGAGAUGCAGAGACAAAGGAUCUCUACCGUCUCCUUGGCCGCCAAGUUCUGAGAGACCAGUCUUGCUCAGAGACGAACGAGCUCUGGGGAGAGAUUCUGCGCUGCCGGCAUCUUGCUUCGGUCCGUAUCCAUCGCGUUCCGGUGGUUAGAUACGUUGCAACACCAGAGUGGGCUAUCCCGCCAGAGCUCCUCGCUGCUUCCGUUCCCAUGCCCGCAAACAGCGUCUACUCACCCAACGUACAGAUGUUCCGUGUCCCAGUGGUGCCAAGGCCAUACAUGCACCUCAUCUUCAGGAGAGAGAAGGCCGAACCCUGGAUGACAGAAUUCGAGUCUGUCAUCCCCAAUAAUUGGCUGGUUCAGCACGGCUUUGGAAGCAUGGAGCACUUCGAAGUCAAGGUGGGCGUCGAGGAAGAGUAG